UGAACUUAUUUUAAGUGUAUUCCUUGGGACAAUGAUUUUUGGAUCAACCAGAUCUUGACGCGUGCCACCCCCGUCGAGUUAGAACUGUUAAUUAUUUGGCACCCUUUCGGGUAUAAAUCACAACCCCUCUACUUUAACUUGUCCUUGCUUAUUCAGUCGACAAGAGUUAUGGAACUCCCAACCUCUUAACUCCUCAUUUCUUCAUCUGUGUUCUCGUCCACUAAUUUCGGCUUCAAUAUUUCAGAAGAAAGUGUAACUUUUUAUAUCACUUUCCUAGAAACAUUUGGGAGAAAUUGACUCCAUUGUUGAGAUACACUUCAACUUGCUUAAUACUCUGCCAUAUUACCGUUCAAGUAAAAUGAGGCCAACUCGUCGGCACUUGAUAAUUCUAAUGGCUGUGGCUCUUAUUUCUCAAAAUCUAGGCAAUGUGGAAGGGAGAACCCAUUUUCACAACCAGAAGAAGAAAGGGUCCCCUGUUGAAGCUCCAAGUUCUCAAGAAGCUGUUUCACCCUCCCCUGUUGAAGCUCCAAGUUCUCAAGAAGCUGUUUCACCCUCCCCUGUUUAUCCUCCCCCAGUUCCUUCCGACCCAAGUGGUCCUGGUGAUAAUUCCAGCUCUGGCUGUGUCUUUGACGUUACGUCUUAUGGGGCGGUCGGAGAUGGGUCCACCGACGACACUCCCGCCUUUAGAACAGCCUGGAAAGCUGCCUGUGCCGUGGAAUCCGCCGUUCUUUUGGUUCCCUCCGGCUAUGUUUUCACAAUGACUUCCACAAUUUUCUCAGGCCCCUGUAAUCGGGGAUUAGUGUUUCAGGUGGACGGGGUGUUGAUGCCGCCUAAUGGACCGGAUUGCUGGCCAAAAACAGACAGUAACAAGCAAUGGAUUGUGUUUUACCGACUCGAUGACAUGACAUUCACCGGAACUGGUACUAUUGAAGGGAAUGGCGAGAAGUGGUGGGAACUCCCUUGCAAACCUCAUCGGGGUCCCAACGGAACAACCUUGCCUGGACCAUGUGACAGCCCUGCUCUAAUUCGCUUCUUCCUGAGCACGAAUUUGGUGGUUAGCGGGUUACGCAUCCAAAACAGUCCCCAGUUCCACAUGAAAUUUGAUGGGUGUCAAGGAGUACUGAUAGACAAGUUGUCCAUAUCUUCCCCUAAGCUUAGCCCCAAUACUGACGGCAUCCACAUUGAAAACACAAAAUAUGUGGGGAUUUACAACUCUGUUAUAGCAAAUGGGGAUGAUUGCAUUUCCAUCGGAACGGGGUGCUCAAAUGUUGAAAUAGACGGUGUAACUUGUGGACCGAGUCAUGGCAUCAGCAUUGGGAGCCUGGGGGUGCACAACUCCCAGGCAUGUGUAUCCAACAUAACAGUUAGAAACUCAAUGAUAAGGGACUCGGACAAUGGUCUCAGGAUCAAGACAUGGCAAGGCGGGGCGGGCAGUGUAUCGGGCAUAACAUUUGACACCAUCGAAAUGGACAACGUCCGAAACUGCAUUAUCAUAGACCAGUACUACUGCCUAACAAAGGCAUGUCGCAACGAGACUUCAGCAGUUUACCUCUCCGGUGUUUCCUACAACAACAUUAAGGGGACCUACGACGUGCGGAGCCCACCGAUUCACUUUGCUUGUAGCGACACCGUGCCCUGCACUAACAUAACAAUGUCUGAAGUUGAGUUGCUUCCUUUUGAAGGGGAAUUGGUGGAUGACCCGUUUUGCUGGAAUUCAUACGGAACUCAGGAGACGUUGACAAUUCCUCCCAUUGAUUGCUUGCAAGAUGGGGAGCCCGAGUCUGUGGCAGAGGUUUCCUCUUAUGGCUGUUAAAAUUAGGAGACUUAUGUUAGAUACAUAUAUAUAUAGUACUAUACACUUUGUAUAGAGCCCAAGAGCCAUUAUAUUUUUUAGUGGAUUCUUGGGGGUUAAUUUAGGCUCCAUCCCUUUGGGAUUUGUUUCCCUUAAUGUGUGAUGAGUCAUGAGUGUGUGAGGUAGGGAGUUUGGGGGGGUUUCCCUUACUUUGUAACAGAAUGGAAUUUUUUUUUACAUCUAUGGUUUUGUAAUUCGAAUUGCAGAAAAAAAACCUCUCGAUCGGGUUGUGUAUAGCUCGCUGUUAUGGGCUUUGGAAACCCCAAAUAAUGGAAGUCCUUACUAUCCCACCUUUUCUGUUC